AUGUGGUUUACUGCUAGUUCCGGUGUUGGAGGCCAAGGUGCUGGUGGACCUGGUUCUCAACCUGGAGUUGGAGGAAGUGGCACGCAACCUGUUGGAGGUGGCUCUCUACCCUCCGUAGGUGGGCCUGGCUCCAGUGGUGGAGGAGCAGGUUCUCAGCCUGUGAAAGGCGGAGCUGAAAAACCAGGAGAUCAGAAACCUUCUGGUCAUGGACCAAAUCAAGGAGCUGGGGGAUCGUCUCCUAGUGGACAAGGGGGACAUUACGGUGGUGGUGGUGUGACUAAACCAGAUCGACAUGGCCAGGGUACAACGCACAACCCGCUGGAUCCGAAUCUUGUGCCGCAAAAAUGUGGCCUGCGCAAUGCCGACGGCGUUGGCUUCCGCAUUACGGGCGACAAAGAUGGCGAAUCGGAGUACGGUGAGUUUCCGUGGAUGGUCGCCAUUCUAAAGCAAGAGAAGGCCCUGGAUCAGGUGAUCAACGUGUAUCAGUGCGGCGGUUCUUUGAUUCAUCCUUCCGUCGUCCUGACGGCAGCGCACUGUCUGCAGGGCAAGAAGCCGGAGGACGUUAGGAUACGGCUCGGCGAGUGGGACACGCAGACCAAGAACGAGAUGUUCGACUACCAGGAUCGCAAUGUAGUCGAGAUCGUAUCGCAUCCUGAAUUCUACAAGGGUGGUCUGUUCAACGACGUAGCACUGGUGUUCCUUGAUCAGCCGGCCCAGCUGAUGGAAACGGUUAACACCAUCUGUCUGCCUCCGGCAGACUUCAACUUCGAUGCGUCUCGCUGCUUCGCGUCCGGCUGGGGCAAGGAUGUAUUUGGCAAGCAGGGCACGUACCAGGUGAUCCUGAAGAAGAUCGAGCUACCGGUCAUGCCCCGUCCAAAGUGCCAGGAAGCGCUGCGCACCACCCGCCUGGGCCAUCGGUUUAAGCUGCACGGAAGCUUCAUGUGUGCCGGUGGCGAAAAGGGGCGCGACACGUGCAAAGGUGACGGUGGGUCGCCCCUGGUCUGCCCGAUCCCGGGCUCGGUUAAUCACUACUACCAAGCCGGCAUGGUUGCCUGGGGCAUCGGCUGCGGCGAGGAUGGCGUCCCCGGGGUAUACGUGAACGUACCGCUGUUCCGCGGGUGGAUCGAUCAGCAUCUGACGCAGAGGAACAUUUCACACAGCUCUUUCCUGUACGCCUGAUAGAGUAUCUCUGCAGAUGCAACGACUCCUCUAAGAUCGCUAAAAUGAUCUUAUGAGGCUUAUCGAGCAAAAUAAAACGAAGCAGAUGGUU